UCCCAGCUGCGGCGAAGCUCUGCCAGCAGCCAGCAGUCAGCAGCUUCAGCAAUCCCGCUGUUCCGCUCGACAUCGCCUUCGCCAAAUCCCAUCAUCCUUUUAAAUCCACGCCUCGCACUCCGCUCGGUUUGUUUGUCAUUCUUGGCUGGUCCCUGGUGGUCUCGCGGCUUUGUCUCUCCCAACUUUCUCAUUACUCGGUUGUUGCCAAUCCUCUGCACGGGUCCUGCGUCUGUCUUACCCCAAACCUCGCAAUCAGUAUCAUCAUUCCACACGCACACACGCACACACACGAUGCCCGCUUCCAAGCAGGCGCUUCAGCCGCGUCCGCCGCAGUCGUCGUUGCGGCUGCUCGAGCGGAUAUGCCAGCUCGUCUUCGUCUUCUCCAUCUCCUUCGCCGCCAUGUACAUCAUGAUCACCAAGAUCUCGCCGGGCAAGUGGCCCUUGACGGAGCCGUCGGUGAGCAAGCCGCGGCUCAGGGUGUCCUCCCAGCGCGACUACAUCAUCGCCGUCUUCUCGGACCUGCACUUUGGCGAGCAGGAGUUCGGCUGGGGCAUAGACCAGGACGUCAACUCGACCCGGGUCAUGCGGUCGGUCCUGAAGACGGAGCAGCCCGACCUGGUCGUGCUCAACGGCGACCUCAUCACGGGCGAGGACACGCACAAGGAGAACUCGACGGGCUACGUCGACCGGAUCGUGCAGCCGCUUGUCGAGACAGGCCAGCGCUGGGCGUCCGUCUACGGGAACCACGACUCCAAACACACCCUGGACCGCGCGCAGCUGUUCCGCGCGGAAAAGGGCUACGACCUCUGCUACACGACGUCCAUGGGCGGCGGCAAACUGCCGGGCAUCACAAACUACUACGUCCCUGUCUUCGAGGGAGACUCCAAGGACCCCAUGCUGCUUCUGUGGUUCUUUGACAGCCGGGGCGGCACUAGCUACCAGACGGAUUCCGAUAACAUGGACGACAUUCCAAACUGGGUCGCCCCCGAGACCGCCGCCUGGUUCACCGAGACGUACGACGAGCUCAAGGCGACGCACGGGCGCGUCAUUCCGAGCGUCGCCUUUGUCCACAUUCCGCCGCACGUGUUUCUGGAGGCCCAGCAGGCCAAACUGGAUCCCGCCCGGUUCCCUGGCCUGAACGCCGACAGCCCGCUCGCCAUCCAGGGCGGCCAGGGCGAGGAGGACGCGCCCUUUGUCGAGGCGCUGCUCGAGGCCGAGGGCCUCCACAGCGUCUACGUCGGGCACGACCACGGCGACUCGUGGUGCUCGACAUGGCCCGGCCACGAAGCCGGUCUCGGCGCCGAUGCCCCGUUCCUCUGCUUCGCCAAGCACACGGGCUACGGCGGCUACGGCACGUGGAACCGCGGCGCCCGCGUCAUCAGGCUCUCCUUCGCCCAAGGCGACGACCCCGAAAUGUCGGUCGAGACGUGGGUCCGCAUGGAGGACGAGCAGGUCGUCACGCGCGUCUCCCUCAACGAGACGUACGGGCUGGACAAGUACCCUUCAAACGACGGGGAGUGAGCGCACCGGAUGCGUGCUGCUCGCAAACAAACUGCUUCGUUUGGCGGCGGCGGCGCCCCUGCCGUCCACAAAAU